AUGUCACCAGCAUCAACGCCGGGUCCAAUUCCCCUCACAGGAUCUCAACUCAGUAGAGGUCGAUGGGCCUUUGCUUUUGCUCUCGUUACAUCCUUAUUUUUUACGGGGGUUUGCGUAUGGGGUACGGCUCAAGUAUCAGAUGGCGGUGGCUCCAUCCCAAUGACUUUCAUUCUUCAGCUUCUAGAUGUCCUUAAUGCUCAUUUCCAAAAAGUUUUUGGAAUCAGCAAGACCCAGAGUACUUUACUCCAACUGGCUUAUUUUGGUGCUUAUGUAGUAUUUUCUCCCUUCGCUGGGAUUUUCAUGAGAAGAUAUGGUUAUAAGUCCGGCAUUCAUCUGGGUCUCACCCUGUACAGUCUGGGAGCUGUGUUUUUCUGGCCAUCUGCGAAGUUCGCGAAAUAUGGGGCUUUUGUAGGAUGCACAUUUGUGAUCGGAUGUGGGCUUGCAACGCUUGAGGUUGCGGCGAACUCGUACAUUGCCGUCCUCGGGACCCCAAAAUAUGCCGCUGCUCGUUUAAAUUUUAGUCAAGGUUUUCAAGGGGUUGCGUCGUUCUCUGGACCUCUCAUUGCAUCACGUUGGUUUUUUAGGGGCGCAAAUGCGACCAAAUUGGACACUGUUCAAUGGGUGUAUCUCGCCGUUGCAGGUCUAGGUUUAGUUCUGAAUAUUUUAUUCUAUUUCUGCGAUUUGCCAGAAAUCGAAGAAGAGGCUAUUAUUUAUCAAAUUCAAGAGGGAGACGACGAGAUCAAGGUCGAGUCUUUUUGGAAGCAAUACCGAUGUCUGUUCGGCUUUGUUGCCCAGACUGCCUAUGUUGGCGCACAGGUUGGAGUCGCAUCACUGGCCGUCAACUUCUUGGUCGAGCAAAAUAUUGGCAUCGACUCCUCAAGGGCGAUCACUGGGAAGGCUGGCGUGGGGUGCCUAUUUGCGCUGUUCUUCUUCGAGUCUAUAUGCUACCCAUGCAUUUUCACUCUUGGGACUAAAAAUUUGGGAAUUCAUACCAAACAAGGUUCUGGGUUAAUCGUCAUGGGCGUUGGAGGAGGCGCAUGGUAUCCGCCUGCACAGGCAUCUGUCGCGGACAGAAUUUCUACCAGAAGAUCAUACCUAGUACCGUUUUCUGGGUACCUCGCUAUGUCAAUCUACGCAUUUGGCUUGGUUAUCGACCAAACGAGGAAAGAUGGCUUCCGUUUCAGGACAAUCGAAGAGUCUAAUUGGCGCGAACGCACUUUACCAGAAGAUGCCGACAAAGACGUCACAGAGAUGGGGAAGGACGAAAAGCAGCAUUCCAGCACUUCUGUUCAAGAUGUGAAGGUAAUAUCGGACGAUUUAAACAAGAACUGA